AUGGAAAGGUUUUCCCAAAAAGAGAACAGCAGCAUUCUUUUAGGAUAUACUAACAGUUUACGGAGGUCUUCACUCAAUUAUUCUGGGUCUUCUUCACCUAAAACAUCUUUCAGAAACUCCUCCGAUGAAGAUUUCCAAGAUGUUUUUGGUGGUCCUCCCAGGAGGUUUUCUAUGCCGGAUGUAAGGCACAGCAACUUCAGCGAUGAGUGUAGAGAUAGUAAUGAACAACCCUUGAUUGGUUCGGGUGAAAAACCAGUUUUUGGUGAUGAGGUAGUGAGCCGGAGACGGUACCAUAGCUCCUCCGAUUUCUUUGACGACAUAUUUGGAGGCGAUUCGUCAGUUACUUCUACUCCGAAAAAACAAGGACGGGAGUACCCUUUUCCUUCUUCUCCAAGUUCCCGGGUUCUUAGUCCUCUCCCACCUAGAGCUGAGCCUUUUGGAACUUCUUCGUCUCUUUCUCAAUUCAGUCUUCCUCCAAAUACAAUCAAAGGAGUGGAGCUUCCAACCUUUGGUCCCCCUACUCGUAGUCUACUUAAAUUGAAUGAUGAUGCUUCUCUUCCUGGAUCUUCAAAGGAAGCUAUCCAAGGCACUGAGGUGUCCUCAAACUUGGUUAAGCCUGAUCAAAUCGAUAAAGGAGCCACUUUGAAAAAGGAUUCAGGAAAGUCCAGUAGUAAUAGUGGAAGUGGACACUUUCAUUUUUCGAUAUAUAAGUGGGCAGGUAAAGGGGUUCCAUUUGACAUACCUUUUAAUGGUAGAAGAAGUUCAAGGUUGAAAGAAAUGACCAAAUCUGAUGAGCCACCCUUAAGAACAGAUGAACACAGUAUUUCAAAGAAUGAAGUUCAAGUUCAAUCCAACAAACAAGAAUAUGAAUCAACUCUUGAUGAAAUCACAGCAGAUAAAGUUGAUGAUUCAGUGAUUCAUCCAGUACCUCAAAGAAUAAUGGGAGAUGUUUCAGAAGACAAAUCAGAGAAAGGAAUCUCUACUCACCAGCCUGAGAUGAAACCUAUUAGUUCUCUGCUAUUUGACAAUGAUUUUGAAAGAGACACAACCAAUGUUGAGAGAGCUAAAAUGAGUGGUGGCCAAGUGAAGGGAAACGAGGCGAAAAGCUCAAAAGCUUCGUCUCCAGUAGUUGGCAAUAGUAAAACUGUAAAGAAUCAGGGACGGUUAGAUAUUUCCGGGAUCAAUUCAGAAGUGGAUAGUGCGAGUUUCUUCCAAAGUUCACCGAAGAAAUCAAAAGAGAGUUAUGGGAGAAACAAAGUCAAGGGAAGGGUGAAAGAUUUCGUUAAAAUGUUCAACCAAGAAACUCCAUCAAAACCCAAAGAUGGAUUAUCAUUUAGAAGCCAGAGUUGUAAAUGGAACAAUAAAUUCAAUUUUGAAGUUGAAACAAGUAUUAACACAGCUGUAGCUGAUGAAAAAUUGAAGAUGCAUGAGUUGAGUGAGGAUCUGAAGCACUCAGCAAAACCAUAUGCUUCUACACCGGGGAGCCCAAACCAAGCCACUAGCACUGGUUCAUUCCCAGAUAACUUUAAUGUUAAAGCCGACGAAUCAGAUGAGCCUUUCCACGAGAACUUCCAGAUAAAAGAAUUACCCCAAACUGUGAAUGACAACCUGGAAGUGGAAACUGGCCCAAACAAUCAAGAAAUCCAGGAAGUUGAGACUAAGAUUCGAGAGUGGACAAGAGGUAAAGAAGGGAACAUUCGUUCACUACUUUCGACUUUACAAUACGUGCUUUGGGCUGAGAGUGGGUGGAAACCAGUUCCUCUUGUAGAUAUUAUUGAAGGGAAUGCCGUGAAAAGAUCAUAUCAAAAGGCUUUACUUUGUUUGCACCCAGAUAAGCUACAGCAAAAGGGUGCUGCAACUCACCAAAAAUACAUUGCAGAAAAGGUUUUCGAUAUUUUACAGGUACCUUCCUACCAAGUACUACUAUCAUUUUUCACAACCCAGUUCGCUAAUUCGUAUAUUGUGUAUAUAUUUUCUUAUAAUUUGAUACAGGAGGCAUGGAAUUACUUCAACUCAUUGGCUUCAGUGUGAGCUAGCUAGAAAAUCUACAUUGGUUAUGUACAUACAUAUAUACAUUGGUUAAAACUCGAUUGGUUUAAAGAAAGGCUUGGAAUUUCUGUGUUUGUAAUUGUAAUGUUAUCUUGUAUACCAGGAAAAGGUGAAUUUAUUGAAGGAGUCUGGAGCAUUUGUUUUAGUUGUAUCUUGACUACUUUCUUUGAAUAAAGUGUAUAAAUGGUUUUGUUGCA